AUGGAAGAAGUAAGAGAAACUUUACCUACUACUUUUUUGAAACCUAAUGAUCAAUUUCAAAGCCCUUUCUUGUUGGUUACUCAAACCAAAAAGGAGUUGACAACAACACGAACCCCUAAAACCAGUCGAGGUCGACAGAAGAUAGAGAUCAAAGAGAUCACAGAAGACAGCAAGAGACAUGUAACGUUUUCGAAACGACGCCGUGGGCUUUUCAAGAAAGCCGCCGAGUUGAGCGUUUUGACCGGUGCAAAAAUCGCCGUGGUCACGUUCUCUAAAUGCGGUAGGAUCUACAGCUUUGGCCAGGUGGACUCGUUGAUGGACAAAUAUCUUCCCAAGAUUCCAGUGAACUUAGAGGUAUGUUCAGGUGAUGAUUCAGCGGAGGAGGAAGGGAGGCCGUUGUGGAAGAGGCCGGUGGAGAGCGUGCCGGAGGAGGAGUUGGAAGAGUACAUUAUGGCGAUGAGUGUGUUGAGAGACAAGAUAGGUAAGAAGAUUAAUGACAUGGGGAGUAUUGUUCCUGCAUGGCCAAUCAACAUGAUGGGUUGGAAACCGCAGAUGGAUAUUCAAAGCAUGGGGGAUGUGACUGAUGGGGUUACUCGAUGCCGACUAGGUCAAAACGGAUGA